AGACUCCCAAACUCUGACCCUCUGAUCGCCACGGUCCCUCUUCUCCUUUCUGAUUAUAUUUCACCCAGAGCCUUCUCCUCUCGGCACCCCCUCCUCGCCCUUACUGUGCCUUGCUUCGUCCCAACCUUUCCCUCGUUACUCCUCCCUUUCACCUGCGUCCCGCGAUCCAGCCCUCCUUCCCCAUUCUUGGCCUCCCUUCCUCAACUGCUGGGCAGUUCGGACGGUCCUCCCUUAUCAGCUAGACUUUCGGAGAGGGAUGGUGGACUUUUAAGGUGGUUAGGAGUGCAGGCUACUACUCUCAUAGUAGGAUAAAGUUCAUUUUAAAGUCUCAAUAUAAAAGUAGAAUGAAAACAAGCUUGUUCUCCCUUAAGGAUAGCCAAACUGAGGUGCGUCCAGUAAUGGAGGAAGGGAGCGAAAAAGAAGUGUGUGUGUGUGUGUGUGUGUGUGUGUGUGUGAGUGUGAGAGGGAGGGAGGGAGAAUGACUGAUUCUACGGUAGGCUUAUGAACUUUAGAAAAAAGAAAAGUUGCUGUGAGCCCGAUGGAAACUUUAGAAGCUGAUGAUGAGUGGAGGCCUGAAUUUUGAUCUGUGUCCUCCCUACAUUAGCUGCCUGAAAGUACUUAAUGAUCACAUGACCCUGGACAUGGAUGCUGUCCUAUCGGAUUUUGUCCGUUCCACAGGAGCAGAGCCAGGGUUGGCCCGAGAUCUCCUGGAAGGAAAGAAUUGGGAUGUGAGCGCCGCCCUCAGUGAUUUUGAACAGCUACGUCAGGUCCAUGCUGGGAACCUACCCCCACCCUUUGGUGAAGGGACUGGUGGCUCCAGGACCCCUGACAAAGGGCUUUCUGAUAGAGAGUCUGCUCGUCCUCCCCGCCCCACCCUACAGCGGCAGGAUGACAUCGUUCAAGAAAAGCGCCUGUCUAGGGGCAUCUCCCACGCCAGCUCCAGCAUUGUUUCCCUGGCCCGGUCCCAUGUCUCCUCCAAUGGUGGGGGUGGGGGGAGCAGUGAGCACCCCCUGGAAAUGCCCAUCUGUGCCUUCCAGCUUCCAGAUCUCACUGUGUACAAUGAAGACUUUCGCAGCUUCAUAGAGAGAGACCUCAUUGAGCAGUCCAUGCUGGUUGCCUUGGAACAGGCAGGGCGUUUGAACUGGUGGGUGAGUGUAGACCCCACCUGUCAGAGGCUCCUUCCUUUGGCAACUACUGGAGAUGGAAAUUGCCUCCUGCACGCAGCCUCUCUUGGGAUGUGGGGUUUCCAUGAUAGGGACUUGAUGCUGAGGAAAGCUUUGUAUGCACUGAUGGAGAAGGGAGCUGAGAAGGAAGCAUUAAAACGACGCUGGAGGUGGCAGCAAACUCAGCAGAAUAAAGAGUCAGGACUGGUGUACACAGAGGAUGAAUGGCAAAAGGAAUGGAAUGAGCUGAUCAAGCUUGCCUCAAGUGAACCCCGCAUGCAUCUAGGUACCAAUGGAGCCAACUGUGGUGGGGUGGAGAGUUCAGAAGAGCCUGUGUAUGAGAGCCUGGAAGAAUUCCACGUCUUCGUCCUUGCCCACGUGCUUAGGAGGCCCAUAGUCGUGGUGGCGGACACCAUGCUGAGGGACUCUGGUGGGGAAGCGUUCGCCCCUAUUCCCUUUGGGGGAAUCUAUCUGCCCUUGGAGGUUCCAGCCAGCCAGUGUCACCGCUCCCCUCUGGUGCUCGCCUAUGAUCAGGCCCACUUUUCUGCACUCGUGUCCAUGGAGCAGAAGGAGAAUGGCAAGGAACAAGCUGUGAUCCCACUUACAGAUUCAGAGCAUAAGCUGCUGCCCUUGCACUUUGCCGUGGACCCUGGAAAGGGCUGGGAGUGGGGCAAAGAUGACAAUGACAAUGUCCGACUGGCCAGUGUAAUCCUGUCCCUGGAGGUCAAAUUGCAUCUGCUGCAUGGCUACAUGAAUGUGAAGUGGAUCCCAGUGUCCUCUGAUGCGCAGGCUCCCCUGGCCCAGCCUGAGUCCCCCACAGCCUCAGCUGGAGAUGAGCCCCGGUCUACCCCCGAGUCUGGGGAAUCAGACAAAGAGUCAGUUGGCAGCAGUUCUGCCAGCAAUGAGGGCAGCAAGCGGAAAGAGAAGUCAAAGCGAGAUCGGGACAAGGACAAGAAGAGAGCAGAUUCUGUGGCUAAUAAACUGGGCAGUUUUGGCAAAACCUUGGGUAGCAAACUCAAGAAGAACAUGGGAGGCCUGAUGCACAGCAAGGGCUCUAAGCCUGGAGGGACAGGAACGGGGUCAGGGGGAAGCAGCGGCACUGAGACACUGGAGAAGAAGAAGAAAAACUCAUUGAAGAGCUGGAAGGGUGGCAAGGAGGAGGCAGCUGGGGAUGGGCCUGUAUCUGAGAAGCCCACAUCUGAGUCCGCUGGUAAUGGAGGGAGCAAGUAUAGCCAGGAGGUGAUGCACAGCCUGAGCAUUAUGCGGAUUGCAAUGCAAGGGGAGGGGAAGUUUAUUUUUGUUGGAACUCUGAAGAUGGGUCACCGUCACCAAUAUCAGGAGGAGAUGAUCCAGCGCUACCUUUCUGAUGCCGAGGAGAGAUUCCUGGCAGAGCAGAAGCAGAAGGAGGCAGAGAGGAAGAUCAUGAAUGGAGGGGUAGGGAGUGGGCCUCCUCCAGCCAAGAAGCCAGAGCCAGAUGGCGGGGAGGAGCUGCUGACUGCCCCUCCAGCAGAAUCCAAGGCAAUGGCAUUCUCUACUGGCUACCCUGGUGGCUUUACCAUCCCUCGGCCUUCUGUGGGUGGAGUCCACUGCCAGGAACCCCGGAGGCAGUUGGCAGGGGGGCCGUGUGUGGGGGGCCUACCACCGUAUGCCACCUUCCCCAGACAAUGCCCGCCUGGGCGACCCUACUCCCAUCAGGACAACAUCCCUUCUCUGGAGCCAGGCAGUCACUCCAAGGAUGGAGUUCACAGGGCUGCAUUGCUACCCCCUCACUUCCGCGUGGCUGAUUCCUAUAGCAACGGCUACAGAGAGCCCCCUGAGCCAGAUGGAUGGGCUGGAGGUCCCCGGGGCCUUCCUUCAACCCAGACCAAAUGCAAACAGCCAAACUGCAGCUUCUAUGGACACCCUGAGACAAACAACUUCUGCUCCUGCUGUUACAGGGAAGAACUGAGGAGAAGGGAACGUGAACCGGGUGGGGAGCUGCUGGUGCACAGGUUCUGAAUGGGGAAACCUCAGUGGCAAGGGGGCUAAACAAAGUUAAGCUCAACUAAUUGGCUUUUAAGACCCAGCCCCCACGUUGUUGGGGCAAAUGCAGUAAUGUUUGUGGGAGCCGGGCUAAAAACUUUUAAAUGUGCGUGUGCUCUGGAGAGCUGCCAGGCUGGCAAGAGCAGGUCAGGGCUGGAUGGUGCCUUGAGGGCUGUACCGGUCCUUUGCCGAUCUUGACCUGACGGGACUGAAAGGGUACAAGGGGGAAAGAUGGUAAUUCUGUGUCAUGACCCCUUGGGUCCAGCCCGGGACCUGAGGGGAAGUAGUAAGGGAAGAUUUGGUGUGUAGGGUGGGGAGAUGGGCAGAAGUCUGGGGGAGGAACAGGCAAAGGAGGUUCUCAGUCAAUAAAUGAAAAAAAACAGACCAAAGUUUUUUUAGGUUGGAAAAAGCACAUGAUGGUAGAGUUGGGAGUGUGGAGGGAUUUGCUGUUGACAUGAACUGAAGUAAAAAUUUAGGGUUGGAUAAAUUCUUCCUCCUGAAGGAUCUGGAAAGACAAGGCAAUAAUAUGUGCUCAUGGGUGCUUAUUAGGAAGGAGGGGGAUUGCUUAAAUCAGUUUAGUGAGAUGGAAAAGGGAAGAACUUAAAAGGGGAAUCUUUUUUCCUCUUGAGUUUUAUUUCCUUCUAAAUAGCCAUCUGUCAUCCUUCUAGUUUGAGAGGAGAUUGCUGAUUGCCCCUAUCUUUUCCCAUCCUUUUUGAGGGCUGAGCUCAGCUAAGUUAAGAAUGUUGUGAUUUUUUUUUUUUUUUAAGACUAAUUUUAUUAAAAAAAAAAAAGUUCCCUCUGGGGAAGGGAAGAGAGUGAUGAGAAGAGCAGCUGUGUGUAUUGAAUUUUCUCCACGUGAAUUGGUGCAGAGGUGAUCUUUUUUUAACUGCUUAGCAAUAACCACACAUUGGGGUUUGAGUGCACCUUGGGAUGGGUGGAAGGAGGACAGACUUUUGGCCAGACUGUUUCAAACAAAACCAAAAACCUAAAUAGAGCACUACCAUCUUCUGCUGCUGUGUUUCUGUAGAAAGCCACUUAUUUUUUAGAUUUUUUUUUUUAAAGAAAUGAAACAAAAAGACUCCAGUAAUAAGCAAAAAACAUUUUAAAAAAUGAUUUUUUUCCCUCCUGUUUAAGUGAUUCUUUCUCCUUCCUACUUUUGGAGAAUGAACUUAACAUCCUGGCUUCUUUUGUUAAGCCAUAGCUGACCUUAAUCUGUGGUUAGUUUAUUAAAAUAAUAAAAAAUACUUUGUAAGAAGAGAUAUUUUUGAUAAUAGGACUGAUGUUGAAACUUGGGGUAGGGGUUGGGGCAAUUUAUAAAAAGGUAGUUAGAGAAAUAUAUUUUAGUGAACUAUAACCACAGAUCACAGAUUACUCCAAUGAGCUGAUCUGUCUUUGGAUUUCCCCUUUUCCCUGACCCAUCCUUUUUCCCCAGGGGGUGGGAGUGGGCCUGUGGACACAGUACAGGGAAGCUCCUUUGCAUUUUGCACAAAGCACAAGUCUGGACAGUCUGUACUCUGGCCAGCACCAUUUCUAAGAGCUUUAAACUGGAGGACCUAUCCUGGGCCAGUUUUCCCUUUUCUUUCAGUUUUUUUUUUUUUUUUUUUCCCUGGGGGGGAAAAAUCAACUAUGCAAUUGUAUACACUACUGGGUGCAUAUGAAGAAGGGGAAUAAGUGUACUUAAGUGUCCAGAGUGUUAACUGGGGCUAUGCUUCUGUAUUUGGAUUUCUCUUUUGAGGUAUGUACUCAUAAACCAUCCUGUGGAAUAUAAUCCCCACAUUUGAUCCAGGGCAGACAUGGGCUGAAUGUGUGUGUUGGGGGAACUCAUGUUUGCCAUAUGUUGCUUCUGCCUAAUCAGGAACGUUGUCAUCCCAUCACCCCCUUGGUAACAAAGCCAGCCAAGAUUGUCCUCUUCAUUGGAACUGCCCACAGUUUAGAAAAUUUGCUUUGUCCUCAACAAACUUGAAAGUCACUUAUUUUCUAAAUCUGAUUAUCUGAUGACUUAAUAAUUUCCUAUGGCUAUUAAUUCUUAGACUUUUAUUUGAAAAUAGACUGGUGUUAAGGAAGCAAUGAGGUCAAAGGAGACAGGUUCCAAAGGAGAGUAUGUAUGUAUAUAUUUCUGGGCAGGGCCAGGGCUAGUAUGAGUUGAGCACUCCUCUCAGGUUCAAAAUUUAAGGAGAUGACGAAAAACAGUAAUCAAGAUAAGUACUGUUUUGGAGUUCCCAUCGUGGCUCAGUGGUAAUGAACCCAACUAGUAUCCAUGAGGAUGCAGGUUUGAUCCCUGGCCUCGCUCAGUGGGUUAAGGAUCUGGCCCUGCCCUGAGCUGUGGUGUAGGUCACAGACGCAGUUCGGAUCCUGAGUUGCUGUGGCUAUGGGGUAGGCUGGCGGCUAUAGCUCAGAUUCAACCCCUAGCCUGGGAACUUCCAUAUGACUUGGGUGCGGCCCUCAAAAAAAAAAAAAAAAAAGAUACUGUUUUAACGUAUUUUUUAAAAUUAAUGCAAAAAAUCCAUGACAAGCAAAAUAUCACAAUCUUAAAAAGAUAGGCUCCAACAGGACUGGGAUUAGGGUGAGGAGAGAAAAUCUGAAUUGAAUAAGUACAGGAUUGAAUCCUGUCUUUAUUUAAAAUUUUGAUGCUUUGUUCAUUGUGGAUUAGUUUUGAUUUUCAAAAAAUACUGCAUUAAAAUAGCAUCUUGCUUACUGGGUUUGGGGGCAUCCCUUAAAUUUUGUGCCCAAAGUGAGUGCCUUGCCCUCCUCAUCCUGUUUCUAGGGUUAGAACAACACUGGUGGGACCACCACCUUAUGAACUUCCGUCCCCUAAUAUGCACCCAAACAACAGGUGGCUCAAACUCACACCUAGAAUUUGCACAGCUCACCUAGCUUUCCUAUAGGCAUCCAUCUAUACCAUAGGAUUUUGGCCUGGACCAAUAGGAAUGGAAAUUGACCAGGGGUACUCCCAGGGAAUAAAACCAGGAAAGUUUUGAUUCUCCACUGGACUGCUGUGUUUGGAUUUGAUCUGUUACUAGAUUCUAGUUAAUACUUUUGUUUUUAAAAACUGAGGACAAAUGAACAAAAAACAGAAACCUGUGUCGUGUUUGUUUUUGUUUUUGUCAUGACUUAUAAAUUAACCAAUCUCAAUUCCUUCUGCCUUUUCAAAUAAAGGUGGAAAUUCCGGGGGAUGGCCUAGGAGUGACUGUGGGAAAAUAGGACUUUAUUUAGGCCCUAUAGCUUUUUUAUUAAGAAAUUUUUUAAUUUGGAAAGGUAACCUUAUUGAAGCAUUUAAAAAACCUCUUCAUUCUAAAGACAAGUGACCCUGAAUCAACGGAUGUUUUUCCAAAGGGAUGAAUAAAGUUUGUUUUACUUUA